GAUGUGUGUCUUAUGCGGACAGCCGCAGUCGGUGGACACUUGGGAGGAUCACUCACUCACCCACCGAAACCCCCGUAUGACGUGGAGUGGAAUCCAGUUGACGAGACCUCAACGGAUCGUACUGUCACAUCGACAGUCGAAAGUGUACAGGUGUUACCUCUGUGCACGUCGCUUCGUCACUCGUUUCGGUUGUCAACGCCAUCUGACUGGCUUACACAAGUUGGCCAAAUCGCGCAUCAACUGGGAUUCUCUAAUUGACACAGAUUGCACACGAGGUGCGAGACAUUCCACAUUGGAAGCGUCAGAAGGCUCGGAUUCACAAUUUACAUCUUUCAGCCAAACAACUCAGUCGCAUCCCAGUGCACCGAUUCUCAGCUGGUCUUCCGGUGACCAACCCAGAUCUCAGCAGUCUCUCUCGUAUACCAUGGGGAAUCAACAGGUAUCACCUCCCCGUGCAUCAUCGGACACCGUGUGGCUUCGUCCCAAUACAGACACGCAUACGGAUCAUCAACAAAGCGAGUGUGGCGGUUCCGACAUUCACUGUUGCACGAUAUGCCAAAUCCCAUUUCUCUCUCACCGAAGUCUCUCCAUUCACCAGGCCGCUGCCCACGUAUCCACUGUUUGAAGUUGACACGUUUUGACUGCUUGUUCUCUUCUGUUCCUCCUCUGCUCGCUUUGCACCUCAACUCCGGUUUCAGUUGUACAGUUGCCGUUUUAAUACGGACCAGUUUUACCACUUGCCAUGCCCCGUUCGUUUGCUUUUGUACAGUUUAUCUUCUUCCAAAGCCGGUUCUCUUUGCUUGUGCGUUUGUUCGCAGUGAAUUCUGGAUAAUCUUUUUUUACUACUACACUUCAUUGCUUUGCAUUUUUUAUGGUCCAGCGUAUUCUUCUUCUUCCUGGGGUACCACAAAUUGGUUCCUUCAGGCUUGUGUUCGUUUUUGCGGGACACCUCACUAACCGAUCGAAUGUAGUCGGCAUGCGUUAGUCGC